ACUGAUAUUAAAAUUAUUAAAAAUAAGUUUAUGUAAAUAAAUUUUAAUAAAUAUCUAAGUAAUUUAUUUUCUGAAUAAUCAUUAUUCAUUACAAACUAUUUAUUCACAAGUAACUAUAUUAAUCACUAAAAAAAGAAACCUUAAUACCUUUCAUUUUAGAUUCUAAGCAGAGCGAUGAAUGUAUUGAUUUUAUGAAAAUGUUUUUUUAAUUGUUUUGUACGUAUCUGUCAUCAUCUUGUGAGACAAUAAAGAUUCUUUGAUUUUCGAAUUCAGCAUAUUUUCUGGUAGGAAAGUGAAUCAAGUUAGUAGAAAAAAAUAAAAUUCCUACUAGGUAGUUUUCAUAAGCGUUGGAAACAUCAAAAUAAAAUCUAGGUUAAAAAACAGGAAUUUGUACGCAAUGCCAGUUUCAACAAAAUUUAUUUUGUUUUAUAGUAUAGCUCAAUAAUAAUUAAUAACUGUAGAUACUUUAUUCUGAUAUUUCUGGAUAAUAGUUCACUUCUAAUAAAUUACUUACUGUCUAUAAGGUCUUCAAGUUACUCCUCAUGCAAUACAGGCCGGUCGCCCCAUUUCUUCUCAUGUUGUAACUCCUCUUUUUUGCCCAUGAUUAACCUCUACCAUUGUCUCAAACUGUUUUCCAAUUUUCCAUGGUAUCAGAACUAAUUCUACCAAUUCUACUCUUCUUAUUAAUCUAACCUAUCUACCUAUAUGAUAUGUCGUUUUAAGGCCGUAUCUAGAAAUUUUUUCGGGGGGGGGGGGGGUCCAAAACAUGUAUAUUGUAAUUUUAUUGAAUUUAGAUUUUAAUUUUUGAUAUUUGGUUAAAAAUAAGACAGAAAAAGAUUUAAUCUCCUUUUAUUAAAAUAUAAUAAAAUCAAAUAAACAAAAUUACUUUGACAUCUUGUCACCUUACACUAUACAAAUAUGAAGUAUAAAAUUAAGAAAUAAAAAAUUCACAAAUACAAAUCAUAUUAUUUUAAACUAAUAAUAUGUUCCUAUCUUUUUGAAGAGCAAACUGGUUUAACACUUCAUCGGGAUUAACCGUAACAUAUCUAUGGACACUUAAUAGAGCUAGUCCAGUUAGUCUUUCUUGUCCCGUAGAGUUCUGUAAAAAUGUCUUGACGCAUUUUAAUGUCGAAAAAGUUCGUUCGGGAGUUGCUGUAGAAGCCGGUAGUGUAGCUAGUACUUUUAAUAAAAAAUGGAUAUUUGGAAAAAGUUCAGGAUUACAAUAAUUUAAUGCUUCUACAGCUGUAUGUGGACGAUCUACAUCUUUGAAAGCAAUCCAUUUUCUUUUCCACAAUUUCAGUUCUGAAGGUAAUGUGUCAACAUUUAUAAAAUCUGAAUAUAUACUAAAAUCUGAUUCUAAAAUUGGAGAUUUCAAACACAUUUUUGGUAUUAAUAAAUACAAAGACGAUAAAAUCGUCUUGUGUUUGGAAAACCGUUCUUUAAGUUGACUAAUAAAAUCAUCAUAGAAUGGAAUCGCAAUUGCAAUACGAAAAUAAUCUUCAGGAAUGUUGGUAUCCACAUUUAUUCUAUUUGUUGAACGACUUACUAAUCUUGGUAUUUUUAUUUUUUCUUCCUCGUUUACGGAUAUGAACAAUUUUUCGGAUUUAUUGAAUACUUCUUUGAAAUUUUCAUUAAUAUUUGUUCGCAUAUCUUUCACUUCACUUAAAACUGUUUCAACAUGAUCUACUGCUUCACUUAAAUCACAUUUCACCGACUGCAAUAUUUUACAUAAUGGCAAAGUUAUAGAAAAAAGUGUGGUCGCAGUUAUCAUACUUAUUAUAAAUUCACUAGUUGUUACACACUUAUAUAACUGUAAAGCUUUAGAUGAUGUUUCAAUGUCAACAAAUAAUUGUAGUUCUUCUAAUGUUGCAACAAUAGGUUUAUAUAUUUCUGAAAAUCUAAGCAUACCAUCAUGAUUUUCAACCCACCUAGUCUCACACAUGGAAGUUAAUUUUGUCCAUUUGGUUUCAGGAAGGAAUUCUUUUAUUUUAUUUUUUAAUAGUUCAGUUCGUUUAGCCGAUAUUUUAAUAAAAUUUCCUACAGAUUUUAUUGUUCCAAUACAAUUUCGAAUAUGGUGAAUGUUUGACGAAUGAGCAAGUGCUAAAUUUAACGAAUGUGCACUACAGUGGACAUAAAGUGCAGCGGGAUGUACUUCUCUUAUAACAGACUGUACUCCUUUAAAAUUACCACUCAUGGCUGCGGCGCCAUCAUAGCCUUGGCCAAGUAAAUAGUCACAUUUUAUACCAAGAUUUUUUAAAGUAGCUAGAAUUACUGUGGCCAAAUUUUGACCAGUGGUAGAAUUUACCGGUACAAAUUGUAAGAAGUCUUCUUUCAAUACAUAAUUGUUGAUUUCAUUUUUUUCAAUAUUUAAAUUAUUGUCUAAAUAAUGUACACACAAUGACAGUUGAUCAACACGCGAUACGUCAGUUGUCUCGUCGACUAAUACAGAAAAACAUUUAAUUUUGUUAACUAACUGGUCUUGUAUAAUUUUUCCACAUAUAUUUAUAAAAUUAUUUUGAAUCAUAGGACUUAUAUAUGAAGCAUUUGAUUCUCAAUGUGAUAUGUUAGAUUUUUAUCUUCACACGAAAUGCGCAUUCUCAAUAAUACUCGGAAGUUACCAUCAUUGUAAAGGCCCCCAUACACGUCAAACAAAUUUGCGCAACUUCUGUGUUUGUGCAAACAUUUUGAGCGUGUAUGGUGUGGUUUGAGUAGUUGCGCAACGGUUUAAAACAAAUCGGUCGAGUUCGAAAUUUGUUGCGCAAACGCUUCACGAUUGACAAUCUGUUGUACGUGUAUGGCAGUGUUUGACAAGCAUCGGCUGUCAAAAACCUCAAGACGAUUGGAAAAACUUAUGAAAUAGAAAGUAUUAAUUAUUAAUUAUUAUACUUACUUUACUAGUAAUAAUAAUUAAUAUAUUAUAAUUAUAAUAAAUUUACUUAUAUCUAUAUAAUUUGUUUUUAUAUUAUUAUUAAAUUUUAUUUUUAUUAUAGAAUUUACUAAAUAUAAAAUUUAGUUUUAUAACUAUGGCGUCUAAAAUUGAUGACAAUAAGACAUUUUGGCUGGAAUUUAUCGGCCUUUAUCAUACGUUUCCUGAAUUGUGGAAAGUUAAAAGCGAAGCCUAUAAAAAUAGAAUUAAGAAAGAUGCGGCGUACGAAAAACUGGUAGAUAAAAUGAAAGAAAUAGAUCCAAAAGCAAAUAGGGACAUAGUGCGUGCCAAAAUUAAUUCUCUUCGUACAUCAUACCGUAGAGAAUUGAAGAAAGUAAAGUCCAGCCAAAAAUCAGGUGCAGGGGCUGAUGAUAUUUAUGAACCAAGUUUGUGGUACUUCAAUGAAAUCGAUUUUUUAAGAGACCAAGAGACUCAAUUGCAAGGAACUUCCACAUUAGACAGUUUUGAUGAAAUUGUCGAUAUAGUCGAGGAAAAUAACGAUGAAGCGGUUGAGGAAGAUGGCUUUUUAUCUCAAACAAUACCACAGAGUACACCGAAUAAAAAAUUUAAACUCAAAAAAAAGGCACCCACAGACGAAGAAAGUAAAAAGACUGAACUAUUGGAAAUUGCUUGUCGACGUCUCCAAAAACCCACCUCCGAUUCACAAGUCCUGGCAAAGACGUGGGGCAUAGAAUUCGAAAAAAUGAAAGAAGACCAGCAAUUAUAUGCAAAGAAAUUCAUUGACGACAUUAUUUAUGAAGGACGACUGGGUAAUCUCCACAGAAACUCUAUUACAAUUAAUCAUUCACCUAUACCAAUCACUACACAUUUAACAGGUCAUAUUCAGCAUCCACACUAUUAUAGCCCAUCUUCAUUGUCUUCACAUUAUUCAGAACCACCCUCUCCAUACUUACAAUCAUAUGCACCUAGUCCACAACAACAACCACAUACAUUGCAAUAUUCAACAGUUCCAGUCACACCUCAGCCCUCCACAUCAGAUAGAUAUACAAUUAAUGAUCUUCUUAACGAUAAACAGUAUCAAUAAAUAUUAA